UCUGCCAGGCCCUGCGACGCCCCCAGGCUGUGCUCAGGCUGGGCGUCUACCGGGAGAGGAUCGAGGCUCAAAGGACGCUGUCGCCAAGCUCCACGGGCGCCGCGCCAGAUUCCACUAGCCACCACGUCCAGCCAGGCGAGGCGACGAUGGUGACGCUGCGCAAGGAGAGCAGCCGGCAGCUGGGCCUGAAGCUGGGCGGCCGCCGCACGGAGCCGGGCAUCUUCGUGAUGGAGGUCCUGGACGGGUCGGUGGCCGCGCAGGACGGCCGCCUCCAUCCGCACGACCGCAUCCUAGCCAUCAACGGCGUCGACGUCCGCUACGCGCGCCUCGACCACGCCUCGCGCCUCAUCCAGCAAACGCGGCACCACGUGAGCCUCGUGGUGAGCCGCGGCGCCGCCACCAGCGCCGUGGACUCGCCGGCGCCGCCGCCCGAGUACCAGCACCUGUUCCGGCGCCCCGACCCGGCGCUGCCCGUCCACCACUGGCGCACCAAGUCGGCGCCCGACCGCCUCGUGCCGCGCCUCGACUACCACCACAAGGACAUCAACAAGAGCCUGGGCGACGUCACCGACAGCCUGGAGGACGUCGUCGGCAGCGCGGACGACGUGGGUCUGUCAGCGUCGUGCGAGUCGCUGGACGAGCGCGGGUCGUCGGCGCCGCACAGGGACGGCUCGCUGCGCCACUCGAACGGCUCGCUCAGCUCGCCGGGGGAGCCGUUCAGCGGCUCCUUGGGCUCGCUGAACGGCGUCGGGCCGCUCUACCGCAGCAACGGCUCGCUCGGCGACUCGCUCGGCUCGCCGCUCAACCAGAGCUCGGGCUCGCUGACGUCGGCGCUGCGGGCGGACGCGGGCGGCGCCAGGCACGACGUGGUGGACCCGCCCGCGCUGCCCCCGCGCCACCGCCACGCGCUGGCCCGCGCGCGCUCCAGCGACCCCCUGGACGGCCUGGAGGCUACGGACGGCUCGCGCGAGACGCUGCUCGAGCAGCCCAGCCUCGACGUGUCGCUGCAGAGCGGCGGCUCGGCCGUGUCGGUCGGGCCCGCUGGCGACGCCGCCGACGGCUCCUGUGGCAGCCGCAUGCGCGGACGCCGCUCCAGGGAUUCCAGCGACAUGGCGGACCUCGUGCACGGCUUCCGCCGCUCGCUGCGCAUCGAGAGCGCGCAGCUGCACCAGAAGACGGUCACCAUAUCCAAGGUGGGUGACUGGGAUGGCCGGAGGCUCAGGACUCAUCCACGUCGAGCGAAUCCCACGACUUUGAACUACUCCAUAAGCCUCUCUCUCCGCAUUCUCAUUUACCACUUUCCAUCUUUCCAGAAGGGCGACGUGCUGCUGUCGGUGAACGGGCAGUCGCUGCUCGGGCUGACCCACGGGCAGGCCGUGGCGCUCCUGAAGGCCACGGCGGAGCUGGCGGGCGUGACCCUGUCGCUGCUGGAGGGCCCCGAGACGUCCCUGGGCACCGCCAACUUCGUGCCGUCGUGGCUGUACUGGCAGAAGCUGCCCCGCUCGCUGCACAUCUCCAAGAGCGUGGUGCUGCACCGCGCGCCGGGCGCCUCGCUGGGCUUCAGCAUCGUGGGCGGCUCCGACCCGCAGCGGGGGCCGGAGCCCAUCCACGUGCUGUUCGUGGUGCAGUCGUCGCCGGCGGCGGUGGACGGCAAGCUGCGCUGCGGCGACCGCCUGCUGUCGGUGGACGGCCACACGCUCGAGAUGGUGCGCCACUCGGCCGCCGUCAGCCUCCUCAAGCAGGCGGGCCAGAGGGUCCACCUCGAGGUCGUGUCGUGGCUCGGCACGGAGCUCUAGGGCGCCGGUCGCCGCCCAUCCCUCUGUGGCGCCUCGUCGUGCCUCGUCGUGCCUCGCCGUGCCUCGCCGUGCCUCGCCGUGCCUCGCCGUGCCUCGUCGAAGCUCAAACGGGAGUCGUGGCCUAAUUUCAUACCAGGAAUUUAUAUGCAUCACAAAAUGCCGCACAAAAUAGCUGCCUCGAGGCUUAAUAAUGUCACAUUAAACGCAUAUUAAAUAUGUAAUUCGGAAUAGCUUCCCCCGGGUAUCACUCCGACGUUUGAAGCUGACGGAUGACUCUGCUGCAGCCCCCUCGAGAGCGCUGACCCGCAGCUGGGAUGGUUGACUUCUCGAGGGGCUCCUCGUGUUAAUGGUCGCGCACGGCUGGGCGAGCGAGGCUGCAACACAUGCACGGGCACGCUUGCACACUGGCAACGCACGCAGAGGCCGGGCCGCCACAGGAAGCGUAGAGGUGGGAAAGGAGGGCAGGGGACGGCUUGGUCCGCAGCCCCUUCCCCCGCCGCGCCCCCGCCAUAACGCCCUCCGUCCGCCGGCCGGUUUCGGCAGACCAUCGUCGUCUCCAGCAAGGAGGACAACGUCGGUCCUUCACCUACCAGUAGCUGUGAUUUCGAUUGGGUUCCUCUCCGCGAAGAACUAGUCUCUCGUCUUAGGGGUCAUUCAUGGUGGUGGGAGUAGUAGUCCUAAGUUCUGUUGCACCUCAGCAUGCUCUCCUACGAUCUGUCCGUGUAAAUAGUCGCAGUCCUUGAUGUCGACUUGAAAAUCCUCCUCGAAAUGAAGAAGAAAAGGAAAGAGGGCAAGGAAAAACCGCCCAUACUGGCGCUCCCUCCUUUUACAUUACACGUAAACGACACUUUCUUCGUCUUUUUUCAGCUGUUGAGUUUAUCUUUUUUAGGUUUAGUUGAACAUGAGCUGAGAGUUGUGUGUUUUACUUCCUUGAUAAUAUUAUGACUUGUAGUUGCUCUGCUUGAUAGAAGGAAUUAAUUGACCUUUCUUUGUGCUUUUAUUUGACAGCUGUUAGUUCUUGAGGGCGACCUCAAAAGGCUCUGCAUAGAUGCUCACCAUAUGUUUAAAGAUGGGGGAAAAGAAAGCAAAAAAUAUAUAUAUUGUAUUUUGUAAUCAUCUUAGGCCUAGCAUCAAAGUGCCAGUUUUAUAUUUAUAAAGGUUUGGCCAAGCAUUGUUCCUAACACGUAAAGCCGACACGUGGCCGUCCAACCGAAUGCAGAAGAGAGCACACACGCCCUCCGUCGGGUCGAGGUCCUGCCGGUCCUGCCCUCGAGGAGCGACUAGUGUGGCUUCGUUCAAGUGCCUUGUACCUCUCUUUAGAUGUUAUGAGAUCUGUUAUCAAUUAGAAAUUAGGUGAAAAUACGAAAAAUAAGAAAAAAAAUUGCUGGCUGAUUCGUUCCUACUUUGUGUUUUUUUCAUUGAUUAUUAAAUUUUUCAGUGGUUUUGCCUCUUUGAUUUGGAUUUUUCGUCUGAUUUUGGACGUUUUUCUCUUCUGUAGGCAUUGCGAGAUCCCGAGAUGGCUUUUCGUGAAUUUUACCCUUCUGGUUUUAAAUUUGCAUAUUUGAUGAUAACCGGCAGUUAAAAGUCAGCCAGUUGCAAUUUACAUGCUUUUUACAGAUUAAAAUAUUCACCACGGUACAAAUUAUUUAUGGUCUGGAGUUGAAAUUAAUUCCCUGGGUGAUUUUGAUAUGGGGGUUUUAAUUGUUUCCACAAUAAUUAUAUUUUCUAUAAAACGUUUCAAAAACCGAAGAGCUCAAAGGGAUUUAUCGUGUGCCUAAUCUGUUAUAAUCAUGGCAGAAUUCUUGUUACUUGUCGAAAGAAUAGCGCCUAUUAUUCGUGUUAGAAUGUUUAUUUCAACACCCUUUUUAUAUGGCUAGCAAAACUAAGCUUCAUCCGUUUACGAUACAAACGCUGCUAACACUCGGUCUCGGAUCAUGUGCUGAAGCGGCUCUUUCGAACACCUCGCUUCUGUUUCGAACUCUUGACAAGUGAUUAUGGUAAGUCGCGCUAUGUAAAUGUUCCUAAGGUAUGUAAAGAAGAACGAGAGGCUAGUAUUGUAACGAUGAAGUUUAGUCGGGCUGUCCGCACUGUGUACCAACUUGUUGCAUAACCAACUGUCACAGUAGUUUUUAAAAAUCGGCUUUGUUAAGAUUAGUUGAUAAAAGUAAAGACAUGAAAAUGUGUUGAAACGUAAUUAAAAAUUUCUUUUAAAAAAAUACCUUCCCCACAACUAGCCUGCUCUUGAACUUUUGCGUGUGGCUGUUAGCUCUUUGUGUUUCCGUAAAUGGAAGAAAAUAGUCUAAUCAGGCCACGCCCUCAGGUUGAAGAGUCCCUCCGACUGGCCAAGUCAGUCAGGAGGGAAGGACUUGGCGGGGUUAUUCUGGUAACCUGUAGAAUUGUGAAAUACUUGACUAGAGGUGAGAAUAAAGAUUCUUAACCACAA